AUUUGAAUCGCUGCACCCAGUUUCUUUUAUCUCACGCGAAGAGCGCUACCGACUAAGAUGAAUAACGCUAUCGAGUGACUUGCAUUUCAACCGCGAUAUUACAUUUUUCCUCUAGGUGCACGUAUGUUACAUAUGUCAUCGGCGUUCGCUGCGACAACACCAUCGGAGUUUUAAGCAUGGAUAAGGAUUUAUUGCGAUCCGUGGAUUUGUUGAAAGAAAACGAGGAACAGGUGCGGAAUGACGCGGAAAAUGCAUUGUUAACUGUUUGUCAAAACAUUUUGUUGCAUCCGAACGACAAACAAUAUCGGGAAGUGAGGCUUGACAAUCCUAUAGUUACCACAAAAUUGCUGCCUGCUCUUGGGGGCAUCGAAUGCCUGUUCGACAUUGGUUUCGUCGAGACUACUGACUGUCUCUCCUUGCCACAAGAAGCACCACUUUCAAAACUGCAAGCUCUACAGGAGUUGCUUAACAAAAGUUCAUUGCCAACCAAAGCACCAACUGUUAAAGAUAAAGCAUUGUACAAUUUAAUACCUGUGACAUCCACAGAUGGAGAGGAAAAUUAUUUCUUGUCUAUUGUAGAGUACUUUCGGAGUGUUCUGCGAUAUGAAGAUGCAAAUUUACAGGAGAAAGCUAAAAAAGUUAUACCCAUUGUAGAUCUUGAAAUUGCCACUAUGACAAGACUUGGACAGUUGCACAAAUCCACAUUGCUGUUCAUUGCAUCUUUUUGUUACAGGCAUGUAAAAUUAUUUCAGUCUGGCUCACAGAAAGGUGUUGAAAAACAACAGAGCGAGCAUGAUGUUGAUGAUGCUAAAGAUUUAUUCCUCAUGGAACUGUUGCAUUGGUACAAGUAUAAAUUCUUUACGUGGGUCGAUAGCCCAAAGUGUACUGCUUGCUUUUCAGAAUGUAAUCAGCAGGAAUUGCUGCUUUCUGACGACCCUAGAUGUCCACAAGUAGAGAUACACAAAUGUACUAGAUGUGGAACACGAGUGCAAUUCCCUCGUUAUUCUGACCCGGAACCACUGUUAACUCUAAGACGUGGACGUUGUGGGGAAUGGGCGAACGUGUUCACGCUUUUAUGUCGAACAUUAGGAUACGACGCAAGAUUUGUAUACGAUCAUACAGAUCACGUUUGGACAGAGGUAUGGUCCAUACACGAAAAAAGAUGGAUUCAUAUGGACCCAUGCGAAGACGUCAUGGACAGACCAUUGAUGUAUGAAAAGGGAUGGAAAAAGAAACUAAACUAUGUAAUAGCCUUCUCGAAAGAUGAAGUGCAAGAUGUUACUUGGAGAUAUACACGCGAUCUGAUAGGAGUGAUGAAAAGGAGGAACAUCUGCUCUGAAAGUAAACUGUUACAAUUCAUUGAAUCGUUGAAUAAAUACCGUCAUUCUUCUCCACACUAUAGUGCCGCUCGCAGGCAAUACGUAAUAAAACGAAGACUUUUAGAGCUCGUCGAAUUGAUACAUGUACCAAAUAAACGAGACUCUAACGAUAAUAAAUAUUACGGAGAACGAUCUACUGGUUCUUACGAGUGGAGACGAGCACGAAGAGAAAUUUCUGAAUCGAAUACAAAGAUAAAUUAUUCUUGGGACGUUUCAAAGUACGGAGAGGCAUUUCAUUUACAGUAUUCUGUUGUUAAAGAUAUGUAUAAGAUAACGGAUAAUAAUGGUACAAUAUUAAUGGAGAUAUCUGGUUGGCAAUAUGGAACAAAGGAAUUCGAAGGUGGAAUGUUUCGUAAAGUGGAGCACGACUGGAAGAUGACCUACUUAUCUCGUUCCCCAGGUACUAUUUGUGGUAAAAUAAAAUGGUGCUUUGUAGUCGCAAAUCCAAACCUGUACCUGAAGACGUUUCAUUUACAAACAACUACAAAAAUAUUUCACGAAGCUAAUGUAUCGUGGGAUGUAGAUGCUAUUUUUGACAACGCAAAUCAAAAUAAAUCCGUAGUUCUCCCAAUUAGCGAUGUUUCUAAUUAUCGUACGGACCAAUUGAAAGGGGCGACGAAGUUAAUUCUCACAGUAACUGUUUCCGGUGGUCAAGGUGAUUGUGCGUGGCAACAUGCACAAAUUUUUCGGCAGAGUUUGGAGAACGAAGACGAUAGAUCUUUAGUGAUUGACAUCGAAUUGGAAAAUCGAUAAUUUUAGAAUUCAAACGUAUAAUUUCAGAAGUUUUAUAUUUUAUAUGGAUGCUUUUAAUCAAGUUUUGUGCGUUCUUCGAAACAAUGUUACACGAAUAAUAUAUUUUAAUGAAUACGGCUUUUACUGGAAAAAAAAAACAUAUCGAAAGUAAUAAUUAAUUUUAAGAUUAGUAAAAACAUUCCGCAUCUUAAAUUUCUUCUUUUUUUAAAAGUAUGAUUUACUUUAUAAGAAAAUUUUCGAUAUUUAUGUAGUAAAACUGUAAAUGUUUAUUCAAUAAAAUGAUAAAACUGAACUGUUGACUUAUGUUGCAAAUAAGUACGGUCUUCCUUAUGAUUUAAGCUUCAAAAUUUUUAUUUCAUAUACAAAAUAAGCGAACUAGAGUGAUGGCACUUUUUGGAGACAUUCGUAUCCGAUAGAUGUCACGCAAUUAUUUAACAAUGUAAGCAUUGACAAUAUAUGAACACAAUUUAUCUUCACAUAUUUAUGUUUUCUUCUUUUCUUUUCUUUUUUU